AUGUCUAUCUAUUAUAGUGGAGCCCUUAAACGUUCACAGGGUAUUGUUUCGGCCAUUGGUAAAGAAUUGAAACGAGUCAAUUUAAAAGGUGUUAAUCGCGUAACAAUUACAUUCGAUCCCUUUGCCGAAAAUGUCAAAUCAACGAGAGAAUUCCUUUUUCUAUUAUCUACACCCCGGGUGGUGCUAACAAAUCCCAAGUGUGUUGUAAAAACAGACAUUGUAUGCAAUCGCCAGCCAGCUGAAGUUAAAUUUUCUUUAAUAGAAUCGGCACAAGAAAAACUCAAAGUGAAAGACGUCCGGCUCCUGAGCUCCAAUUUAAAUACGCUGGAAAUUUUACAAUUGUGUAAUCGUCACAUUUCAUCGGCAGCACCCGAAGAAGAAGACACCGGUAAGGUUCUCACCAAGGCUGAAAAACAAAAGAUAGCUGGUGCCGGUAAAAAAAUACAAAAGAAAAAGUAA